UCUCCGCUAAAGGAUAAAGCUGCUGCUGCUGCUGAGGAAGAACAGACGGAAUCGUUGGCUUCCCAAAAGAGAGAGGAAAGACUCCGUAAAUUCAGAGAGUUGCAUUUCAAACGGAAUGAAGCACGUAAACUGAAUCAUCAGGAGGUAGUGGAGGAGGACAAACGACUGAAACUUCCCUCCAACUGGGAAGCUAAGAAAUCCAGACUGGAGUGGGAGCUGGCCGAAGACGAAAAGAAAAAGGAAUGUGCUGCUCGUGGUGAGGACUAUAACAGAGUGAAGCUACUGGAAGUAACCGCUGAUGAAGCAGAGAAAUGGGAGAGGAAGAAAAAGAAGAAAAAUCCAGACACCGGAUUUGCAGGUUAUGCAGAGGCUCAAUUCCGUCAGUACCAGAGACUCACCAAGCAAAUCAGACCAGACCUGCAGAGCUAUGAGAAGCAAAGGGAGGAAAGCGGUGAGGACUUCUACCCCACGUCCAAUAGCCUGAGCUACGGCACCCAUGUUCCCACAAAGGAGGGCAUUGACCGCAUGGUGGAGGAUGUCGAGAAACAGAUCGAGAAGCGUGCCAAGUACAGCCGGCGCAGGGCUUACAACGACGAUGCAGACAUCGACUACAUCAACGAAAGGAACGCCAAGUUCAACAAGAAGGCCGAGCGCUUCUACGGCAAAUACACAGCAGAGAUCAAACAGAACCUGGAGAGAGGAACGGCCGUCUAGUCCGUCCCAUCGGCUCAGAAAUCUUUCUAGAUGCUUUUUUCUUCUUUUCAUUGAACUUUGGAUUUUAAGUAAUGUAUCGUGUUCUGUUGGGUUAGAUCUGAUGUUUCUUGUACAGUAUUAGAGCUUGCUAUUACCCCCCUCCCCCUUUUCUUAAUAAAUCCAGUAAUCUUGUUUCUGUGA